CACGGGGCUCGGGCGGGCCCGGGGCGCGGCGGGGGCCUGAACGGGUGCGGGGGCGGCGGGCAGCGACCCCCCCGGGGUCCCCUCCCCGCCGGGCCGCCUCCCUCAGCCGGAGCUGCCGCAGCGCCGCUCGCAGCCCAGGCAGGGCGCAGGCAGGAUGAUGUGCGAGGUGCUGCCCACCAUCAGCGAAGAUGCCCGCCGGGGCUCGGGCUGCCCCGAGGAGCCGGGGCUGGAGCAGUUGAUGGUGCAGAUGCUGCGGGAGCGGGAGCGGCUGCUGGAGACGCUGCGGGACACCCAGGAGGGCCUGGCCACGGCCCAGCUGCGCCUGCGGGACCUGGCCCACGAGAAGGACUCGCUGCAGCGGCAGCUCGCCAGUGCCCUGCCGCAGGAGUUUGCGGCGCUGACGAAGGAGCUCAACGUCUGCCGGGAGCAGCUGCUGGAGCGGGAGGAGGAGAUUGCAGAGCUCAAGGCCGAGCGCAACAACACCCGGCUGCUCCUGGAGCACCUCGAGUGCCUGGUGUCCCGCCACGAGCGGUCCCUGCGGAUGACGGUGGUCAAGCGCCAGGCUCAGUCCCCCGCUGGUGUCUCCUCGGAGGUCGAGGUCCUCAAAGCCCUCAAGUCCCUCUUUGAGCACCACAAGGCCCUCGAUGAGAAGGUUCGGGAGCGGCUGCGGGUGGCUCUGGAGCGGGUGGCUGUCCUCGAGGAGGAGCUGGAGGUCUCCAACCAGGAGUCCCUGUCCCUGCGGGAGCAGCUCUCCCGGCGACGCUCCGGCCUGGAGGAUGCGCCCAGCGAUGGGGACACCCCGGGCACCCCUGAGGGCCGGCGUCGCGAGGCGGAGCUGGAGGCGUCGCUGUGCUGUCAGCGCGCCGCGGCCGCGCAGCAGCGGGAGCGAGUGGCCGCCCUGUGCCGGCAGCUGGGGCGGCUGCAGGAGGAGGCGGCCGGGGCCCAGCGGGAGCUCGCCCGGGCCCAGGAGAGCGGGGCCAAGCUCCAGAGGGACCUCAAGGAGGCGCUGGCGCAGCGGGAGGACAUGGAGGAACGCAUCACCACCCUGGAGAAACGCUACCUGAGCGCCCAGCGCGAGGCCACCUCCCUGCACGAUGCCAACGACCGCCUGGAGAACGAGCUGGCCAGCAAGGACUCGCUCUACCGCCAGAGCGAGGAGAAGGGCCGACAGCUUCAGGAAUGGUUGGAGGACGCCAAGGCCAAGCUCCAGCAGACCCUGCAGAAAGCUGAGACCCUGCCUGAGAUCGAGGCCCAGUUGGCUCAGAGAGUGGCGGCUCUCACCAAGGCUGAGGAGCGCCACGGGAACUUUGAGGAACGCCUACGACAGCUUGAGGCUCAACUGCAGGAGAAGAACCAGGAGCUGCAGCGGGCUCGUCAGCGGGAGAAGAUGAACGAUGAGCACAACAAGCGGCUGUCGGAGACAGUCGACCGGCUGCUCUGCGAGUCCAACGAGCGGCUCCAGCUCCACCUCAAGGAGAGGAUGGGGGCUCUGGAGGAGAAGAACUCGCUGAGUGAAGAAAUUGCCAACAUGAAGAAGCUGCAGGACGAGCUGCUGCUCAACAAGGAGCAGCUCCUGGCGGAGAUGGAGCGGAUGCAGCUGGAGCUCGACCAGCUCCGGGGGCGUCCCGUCUCCUCCUACUCCAGGUCCCUGCCGGGCAGUGCCCUGGAGCUGAGGUACCCCCAAACUCCUGUUGGGGGGCCUCCUCUGGACCCCUAUGCCCCCGGUGCCCCCCCCCGCAGGACCCGUAAGGGGCGCUGGGCUCCCCCCAAGGAGGACGCUGCCAAGGGCCCGGAGUGGGAGCGUGUUGGGGUGCCACUGGAGGGGCCCCCCGAGGGUUCGGACGAGGAGGAGCGGGAGGGCACGGGGGGCUGCGGGGAGCUGCUCUCCCCCAGCGGACAGACGGACGUGCAGACGCUGGCCUUCAUGCUGCAGGAACAGCUCGAGGCCAUCAACAAGGAGAUCAAGCUGAUCCAGGAGGAGAAGGAGUGCACGGAGCUGCGGGCAGAGGAGCUGGAGAGCCGGGUUGGGGGGGCGGGGGGGGGGCUGGAGGGGGCCCCCCUGGGGCGCUACCGGGGGGGGGGCGCCUCCCUGCCCCCCUCCCUCACCAGUUCCACCUUGGCCAGCCCCUCCCCCCCCAGCAGCGGCCGCUCCACCCCCCGCUUGGCCCCCCCCAGCCCCGCCCGCGAGGUGAGUAACCACGUCCCCAAGGAGGAGCCCCGGGGGGCGGAGGAGAAGGGGCCAGGUCCUGGGGACCCCCCGGCCCCCCCCCGAGCACCCCGACUGGAAAGGGGGGGUCCCCCCUUGGCGCUGCCGGCGGCUGGGCUGGAAGAGGGGCGUGACCCACGAGGUCCCGGUGCCCCCCCCGACCCCCUCCACAAGGCCCCCAAGAAGAAGAGCAUCAAGUCCUCCAUCGGGCGCCUCUUUGGCAAGAAGGAGAAGGGGCGCCUGGGCCCCCCCUCGCGGGACACCCCCUCCCUUGCCGGGACCCCCUCGGAGGAGCUGGGACCCCCCGAUGCCCUGGGGCUGGCCAAGCUCUCAGGGGCGGUGGAGAAGGACCGCAGGAGCAAGAAAAAGCACGAGCUGCUGGAGGAGGCAUGUCGGCAGGGGCUGCCCUUCGCCGCCUGGGAUGGACCCACCGUGGUCUCGUGGCUGGAGCUGUGGGUGGGGAUGCCGGCCUGGUACGUGGCGGCGUGCCGCGCCAACGUGAAGAGCGGCGCCAUCAUGGCGAACCUGUCGGACCCGGAGAUCCAGCGGGAGAUCGGGAUCAGCAACCCCCUGCACCGCCUCAAGCUGCGCCUCGCCAUCCAGGAGAUGGUUUCGCUCACCAGCCCCUCCGCCCCCGCCACCUCCCGCACGUCCACGGGCAACGUCUGGAUGACGCACGAGGAGAUGGAGUCGCUGACUGCUACCACCAAGCCGGAGACGAAGGAGAUCAGCUGGGAGCAGAUCCUGGCCUACGGGGACAUGAACCACGAGUGGGUGGGGAACGAGUGGCUGCCCAGCCUGGGGCUGCCCCAGUACCGCAGCUACUUCAUGGAGUCACUGGUGGACGCCCGGAUGCUCGACCACCUCAGCAAGAAGGAGCUGAGGGGGCAGCUCAAGAUGGUCGACUCCUUCCAUCGGGUGAGUCUCCAUUACGGCAUCAUGUGCCUGAAACGCCUCAACUACGACCGAAAGGAGCUGGAGCGGCGGCGGGAGGAGAGCCAGGCCCAGAGCACCGACGUGGUGGUGUGGUCGAACGAGCGGGUGACGGCGUGGGUGCAGAGCGUGGGGCUGAAGGAGUUCGCCCGCAACCUGGGGGAGAGCGGGGUGCACGGGGCGCUGCUGGCCCUGGACGACACCUUCGACUGGGCAGACCUGGCCCUGCUGCUCCAGAUCCCCACCCAGAACACCCAGGCCCGGCAGCUGCUGGAGAAGGAGUUCAGCACCCUCAUCAGCGUGGGCACCGACCGGCGCCUCGACGAGGAUGGCUCCAAGGCCUUCACCCGCUCCCCGUCCUGGCGUAAACUCUUCCGGGAGAAGGAACUGCGGGGGGGGGGGCCUGACGCCGCCGAGAUGCUGCCCCCCAACUUUCGGGGGGGGCCCCUGGGGACCCCAGCCCUGCCGCUGCGCAAGAUCCAGCCCGAGGGUAAUUCGCUGCCCCCCCAAAGGGGGGAUGGGGUGUCUGUGCGGACCUACUCCUGCUAGCGGUGCCCUGAAGUGAUGGAUGAAGCCUGGGGGACACACCCCCCCCCCCCCAAAAAAUCGCACUCCUCCCCCCCCCCGCCCCCCCAAAUCUUCCCCCUCCCCGUGUGCGUGUGCGGGGGGGGAGGUGUGUGGUAUUUUGGGGGGGGGAAUGUACCCCCCCCAUUGCCGAGCCCUGGGUGGCUCUGACUCUGCUGCUAAAAAGGGGAGGGGGGGGGGUGU